CCUCCCUGCCAGCCUGGCCGCGGGAGGUCGGGCGGCGACGCCGCGCUGAGACCGUUACCCACCCACCCGCGCGCGGGGAGCACCUCGGGGAUGGACGACGGCGCCUCGGCUCACACUGCGCUUCCAGGAACCCGAAUUUGAGGGGUUUCCCCGGUUCUAAGACUAGCUGGAGAAAAUAAGGAUAUUAAAAUUCCCGUUGUCCGGAAAAGCUGAAGGAAAUUCAAUGUGAUUGAGGCCUUUCCAAGUGUUAGAAAUAAUUCCUGCAACAUGUACUUCCCGUACUCUUCAAACGUUAGCAGUCACCGUGCUACCGCACAGUUCAAUUAAUUGUUCAAACCGAAGUUUUCUCUUUAAGUGGUCUUCCUCUGACAUGAAUUUCAAAGGCAAAGUGAGAGAUUUUCUUGUUUGGAAGGCUACAUAACUUCGACAUCUAAGAGCUGAAGAUUUUACUGAUGAUUCUGAAGAUGUCAGAAAGGCAUUCCAGUCAGGCUGGAACUGGAGCAGGAAAUGAGGUGGACUCUCCUACUGUCAAUUUUAAGUACUGCAGCCUCAGAGAUUUUUGUUCCACAUCUUCCUCUCAAGAUAGUGGUUACAGUGAGUUGUUGAAAUCUUGCAGCUUGGAUAAUACAGAUAAAGAAUUUUUUGAAAACACAGGAGAAGGCCCAACAUUAAACUAUGAGCAUCCUGAAACUUCAAGUCUGGGCUUAACACAUCCUUUAGAGACCCCUACUCAAAAAAAGAGAUUUGUCUUUGCUAGGAAGGAAGUGGAUAAUGAACCCCCAGAACUGUGUGAAACUCCUAAACUCAGUAUGAAAAAAUGUUUACUGCGAAGAAGGCUGGAUAUAUCUUUUUCUCUUCUCAAGGAAGACUUUGAAUCACAAAAUAGCUCUCUAGAAAGUAGUAUAAGCCAAGUUCUCAACCUGAAGAAAAAUUUUCCAAGCUGUAUUUCUGAUUCUCCAAGGCAAAAGAAUCUUAGUGCUUUAGUUACUAGCACUUUGAAAACAGAAGAAGUGACUUCCAGCAGUCAAAAAUUGAGACUUAAUUUUUCUCAACAGAAGACUUCCACAGUUGAUGACUCCAAAGAUGACUGUAGCCUAUUUGAAGUUGAAUGUUUAUCUCCGAUUCAGGGCAAUACUUUUAAAGACUUUAUCACUCAUGACCUUAGUGAUAGUAGUCUAUGCAUUAAUGAUGAGAAUACAUAUCCUGAACUCCUGGGCUCCUCUGGUAGUGGAACAACUUGUGAAACAGAUGAGGAUAUAUUUGUGACUCCAAUAAGUAACCUCGUAGCAAACAUUAAAUUUAAGGCAAGAGAAAGACUUUCUCUAUCUGAAGUGAGAGGCAGUAUUUCAACACCUGAAGACAGUGGUUUUAACUCACUUUGCUUCGAUAAAUCAGAAGAUUCCUUCUCAGACCAGGAGAGUUCUUUUCAAGAACUCCAGAAACAUAAGGGAACUCUCAAAGGGAGGGACACCAUAAGAAAGUCAAGACGCCUGGGAAGGUUGAGAAGAUUGUCCACCCUUCGGGAGCAAGGCUCACAAUCCGAGACAGAAGAGGAAAACCAGAUCAUCCACUCAGCCUCUGAAAUAACACCAGCAGCUGCUUCAGACAUCUCAGAGAGUCAGCCCAGCAGUGGCAGUCAGAGUGGGGAUUUGAUUUUAGGUUUUAAGAAUUUCUCAAACACCCCAGCCUUGGAAUUAGUGCAUGAGCUCUUUAUGAAAAACAAAAGGAAAAGGUUCCAACACAAUAGUGCCCAUGAAUUCUUAGAAGACAGGGAUGGGGGGAAAAUAGCAGUGCUGCAGUGUGUACUUGCAGGACUAAUUGGGAAGAAAAUGGGUAUAGACAAACUGGACAUCUUAACAGAGUUAAAAUACAGAAAUUUAAAGCAUAUUCUUGCAGUGGUUUUAGACUCCUUGACUGCACAAAGCCUAUGCAGUGUUUGGAAAGUGAGCAGAAAUUGGCGUGAAAUUAUUGUUCAAGAUAGAAAAGCAAAUCAGAGGAGGAAAUUUUAUAUCACACAACUGAAAACAGACUCUGAGCAAGCUAUAUUAAAUGUGCAGGAUGCUGCCACUCGGCUUCAUCUUUUAAAUCGAUCAGCUUUAAGAUCUGUACAAGCUCAGGCUAGGACACCAGGUUCUCAGAAAGAACAAGGUUCAACAUUGUCCCCUUGGGGUGAAGUUUUGACACCUAUAGCAAGCUCUUCAGUUACUCACUCACAUAGUAAACAGGAAGAAUAUGUUAAGGUUGCCAAAACACUUUUUAAUGAUGAAGCAUUAAAACCUUGCCCAAGGUGCCAAUCCCCUGCUAAGUACCAGCCAUAUAAGAAAAGGGGGCUGUGCAGCCGCAUGGCCUGUGGUUUUGACUUUUGCGUGUUGUGUCUGUGUGCUUAUCACGGGUCAGAAGAAUGUAGUCAAGGAGCAGCAGGUCCAAGAAAUAGAAAGGAUGCUCUUCCAGGAAGUGCCCAGAGUAAGCGGAAUUUAAAGCGCCUCUAAAGAGACUUUCUGUAUAAAAGAAGCAUUCCCCCAAGCAAUGUUUAGUCUGACUUAAAAUUAUGAAUAUUUUAAAAGCAUGCAAAUUUUCCAUUAAUGACAGAUGAUGAUUUGCUUCCUAUUUUGUAUAUAUUAUAACCCAUGUUAUUAUAUGUUUUCUUUAAGGUGGUGAAUUUUGAAAUAAUUUUACUUGACUGUGUCACCUUUACCCAUUUUAAUAACUUAAUGUUUUUAAAUAAAGAAUUUUCAAUGUUAGCACAUAUAUGUAUUUAACCAUUUCAUGUAAUAUUUAAGAAUUGUGCAUUUCAUCAGUAUGUGUUGAAAUUUUCUUCAAUCACUUUUUAAAAGUAGUUUUUCAAAUAAUAUUUACAAUUUUGAACUUGAGAUAAAUGGUCUUAUAGAUUUAGAAAAUGAGUAUUUGAAAUGAAGUACAAAUAAAAUGUUUUUAG